GUAUAUUUUAUGGCUUAGGCAAAUCCAUUUUAAGGACCUGUAAGUGGAUAUAAAUAACAAUCCAAACUGAAACGAUGGGGGCCGGAGGACAAAGACGAGGAAUACAGUCCUGGUGGUUAGCCCUCUGUUGUUCUGUGAUGCUCGGCUGUGUGGAGCGUGUUUCAGCUCAGGUAAAAUACUCGGUUCCAGAGGAAGUGAAAGUGGGAUCUGUUGUUGGAAAUGUCGCCAAGGAUCUAGGAUUGGACAUCAGUUCGCUGGAAGAACGACGGUUUCGUAUUGUUUCGGGAUCUACCGAUGCUCACUUUGAAGUAAAUCAGAACAAUGGCGCCUUGUAUGUGCAUAAGAAUAUCGAUAGAGAGGAGCUCUGUAAAAGCGUUACUCCAUGUUUAAUGAACCUAAAAAUGGUCGCUGAGAACCCAAUGGAAAUUCAUUAUGUGGGCGUUGAAAUCAUAGAUGUAAAUGAUAAUUCGCCAAGCUUUAAAGAGGAAGAAAAAACGUUAGAAAUUCCCGAGUCCACUGUUCCUGGCAAACGUUUCAACUUACCAACUGCGCAAGAUCCAGAUGUUGUAAUUAAUACGGUGCGUGUGUAUAAAUUAAAUCAAAACGAAUAUUUCAGUAUACAAAUUCGAGAGAGGGGAGAGGACAAGAUACCAUUCUUAGUUCUGCAAAAGGCUCUGGACCGGGAAAAGCACCAUGAACACAAACUGAUCCUGACAGCAGUUGACGGAGGAAAUCCACCGAGAUCAGGGACGCUUAAUGUCACAGUCAUCGUUCUAGAUUCAAAUGAUAACCAUCCUACAUUUAGUCAAGAGGUAUAUUCAGUAACAAUACCUGAAAAUGUAGAUGCAGACACAAGUGUAAUCAAAGUAAACGCAACUGAUGAGGAUGAGGGUGCAAAUGGAGAUAUCGAAUAUUUUUUCGGUGGUCAACUUGACCAAAGUAUUUAUGAUAUAUUUAGCUUAGAUAAAGACACUGGAGAAAUUCGAGUAAAAGGAGAAAUUGACUUUGAGAACGUUGACGUGUAUAAGUUAGACGUCCAUGCCACUGACAAAGGACAGCCUCCAAUGAGUACUGACUGUAGGGUGAUCAUCAAGGUGCUGGACAAAAACGACAACAAACCCCAAAUAGAGGUGACAUCCCUUUCAAACAUGGUAUCUGAAGGCUCAAAACCAGGGACUGUGGUUUCUCUUAUCAGUAUUACAGACCAAGACUCCGGUUUAAACGGUAAAGUUAUAUGUAGUAUUUCAGAUAACGUGCCUUUUGAUUUAAAGCCAUCAUAUCAAGAUAAUAUGUACUCGUUAAUUAUAAAACAGCAUUUGGAUCGAGAAUCAAUUUCGCAUUAUGACAUCACAAUAACAGCUACAGACUGUGGACAGCCUCCUAUGUCUACUUUUAAAACUUUGAGUAUUGAUGUAUCAGACGUGAAUGACAAUAGCCCAGUAUUCUCGCAUAAUCCAUUUGAACUGUACCUGGUAGAAAAUAACGUACCUGGAAACCCAAUAUUUUCUGUUACUGCUUUCGAUAAAGACUUGAAUGAAAAUGCGGCUCUAACUUAUCAUAUAGUUAGAGAGGAAGGUAGAGAAGUUAAAAUCGCAGCAUUUUUAAAUAUCAAUUCAGACAAUGGACAAAUAUCUGCACUAAAAAGUUUUGACUUUGAGACACUGAAAACGUUCCAGUUCCAAGUUGUCGCCACAGAUUCUGGAACUCCGUCACUAAGCAGCAACGUCACAGUGAACGUGUUCAUUCUGGAUCAGAACGACAACGCUCCAGUCAUCCUGUAUCCAGUCAGCUCUAACGGUUCUGCUGAAGGUGUGGAGGAGAUUCCCCGCAAUGUGAACGCAGGACACUUGGUGACUAAAGUCAGAGCCUAUGACGCUGAUAUAGGAUAUAACGGCUGGUUACUGUUUUCACUGCAGGAAGUUACUGACCACAGUCUCUUUGCUUUGGACCGCUAUACAGGACAGAUCAGAACACUUCGCUCAUUCACAGAGACAGACGAGGCUGAGCAUAAACUGAUCAUACUGGUGAAAGACAAUGGCAACGUUUCUCUCUCAGCAACAGCUACUGUGCUUGUCAAAGUUGUGGAGCCCAAAGAGGCUUUUGCUGCUUCUGAUGUUAAAAGUGCAACAAGAGAUGAGGAGGGGACUGAUGUGACUUUUUACCUCAUGAUAACUUUGGGAUCAGUUUCUGUACUUUUUAUCAUCAGUAUCAUCGUGCUGAUUGCAAUGCAGUGCUCCAAAUCCACAGAAUAUACUUCUAAAUAUCUACAAGAGACUAAUUAUGACGGGACACUGUGUCACAGCAUCCAGUACAGAUCUGGAGACAAACGCUACAUGUUAGUUGGACCCAGAAUGAGUAUAGGAUCUACUAUAGUCCCGGGCAGCCAUGCCAACACACUAGUGCUCCCUGACAGGAGACGGCCAUCUGGAGAGGUAAAUAAUGUUUAA